AUGGCCGUUUUUCACCGAGAAGGGCACGUGCAACUGCCCCGAGCUGAUGCCAUUCGUUCACGUCUCAUUGAUACUUUCUCUCUUAUCGAACAUUUGCAAGGCUUGAGCCAGGCUGUGCCACGGCACACAGUCCGGGAGUUAGUUGAUCCUUCUCAUCAGAAAAAACUUAUGUUGGGAGAUCAACACCAGCUAGUGCGCUUCUCCAUAAAACCUCAACAUGUAGGACGGAUUUCACAUGCCCAAAGAAUGCUGAGCAGGCUUCAUGUGCGCUGCAGUCAGAGGCCACCACUUUCCUUGUGGGCUGGAUGGGUUCUUGAAUGUCCUCUCUUCACAAACUUCAUCAUCUUCCUCAUCUUUUUGAAUACGAUUGUACUGAUGGUUGAAAUAGAAUUGCUGGAAUCCACAAAUACCAAACUGUGGCCAUUGAAGCUGACUUUGGAGGUGGCGUCUUGGUUUAUCUUGCUUGUUUUCAUCUUGGAGAUCCUUCUUAUGUGGCUAUCCAGCUUUUUCCUCUUCUGGAAGAGUGCCUGGAAUGUCUUUGACUUUGUUGUUACCAUGUUGUCCCUGCUUCCUGAGGUUGUGGUGUUGGCAGGGGUAACAAGCCAGCCUGUGUGGCUCCAGUUUCUGAGGAUCUGCCGGGUGCUGAGGUCUCUCAAACUCUUUGCACGAUUCCGUCAAAUUCGAGUUAUUAUUUUGGCCCUGGUCAGGGCCCUGAAGAGCAUGACUUCCCUCUUGAUGUUGCUGCUCAUCUUCUUCUACAUUUUUGCUGUGACUGGUGUCUACUUCUUCGAGAACUACACUCGUUCAACUCGUGAGGACCUGGAAUACCACAUGUUCUUCUCGGAUGUGCUGAAUUCCCUGGUGACAGUGUUCAUUCUCUUCACCUUGGAUCACUGGUAUGCACUGCUUCAGGAUGUCUGGAAGGUGCCUGAAGUCAGCCGCAUCUUCAGCAGCCUCUAUGUCAUCCUGUGGUUGUUGCUCGGCUCCAUCAUCUUUCGAAAUAUCAUAGUAGCCAUGAUGGUUACUAACUUCCAGAAUAUCAGGAAAGAGCUGAAUGAGGAGAUGACACAUCUGGAGGUUCAGCACAAAGCUGACAUAUUCAAGAGGCAGAUUAUUCAGAGGAGACAAAACCUGUACCCUGAAGCACUGAGGCCAAGCCGUAGCAAAACGGAUGUGAGAGGAUCCAGUCAACAAAGGAUGUCUUUGGACUUAGAAGUUUCUGAAGAACAGUCUAAACACAGUGCUGCUGAAGAGGAAUUGAUAAUGUCUGCACCAAAAACAGAAGAGCCCUUGUCAAAAAGAAAAGAGUACCCAUCUGCCCCCUCUACUUCCUCCUCCUCCUAUUCCUUCUCUUCUGAAUCCAGAUAUUCUGAAUAUAUUGGUCAGUUGGACUGGGAGACUCUUGUGCACCAGAAUCUGCCUGGGCUAAUGGAAAUGGAUCAGGAAGAUCGUGUUGUUUGGCCCAGAGAUUCACUCUUUCGAUAUUUUGAGUUGCUGGAAAAGCUGCAGUAUAACCUAGAGGAGCGUAAGAAGUUGCAAGGGUUUGCAGUGCAGGCACUAAUGAACUUUGAAGACAAGUAAAGCCAACAGUGGAUGGCUUCAAAAUCUUUGGUUCAAGCAAAUGAUAAUG